AAUCCAUCCUUGUCGCCGACUAUGCCUUGCGCAAGCUCGACAAAGCCCAGUUUGUCGAGCUAUUACUGGACUAACAAAGGUCUUUCAGAUGCUCGUUCAGCCUUUCACACCUUCGACGACGACACCGCAGCCGGUGUCAUCGCAGACCAUCUCCCCUCCCCUCGACUUCUCGAGGGCUGUUCCUCGUUUCAUUGCCUCGCUUGAACAGCGAGGGGGUUGCUUCACGCGUUCGCAUGUUGGCACAAUUUUUCGGGGGCCUGAUACUGCACCACUACUGGACGUCGGAGUGACGCUCCAGGACAAUCAAUUCGAGCAGCGGGCCCUUCUCGUGUAUCAAGAGGAGCAACGCCGAGCUUGGCAUCAGGCCAUUUCGCAACCGGCUGGAGCCUGGAACAUUUCCAUCCUCGAUGAGACGGAGAUUUCUCGCUGUUUCGACCGCAUCUAUCAUGCAGAGCGUGUGCGCAUUGACCAUGAUUUCGACUUAAAGCGGGUUUCAACGUCUAUCCUCUCGUUCGUCCCACGACGAUUCUGCAUCUAGUCGCGGGGGCAUAGUCUGACGUGAUAUAUGAAGAGCGGGAGGGACGCUAAACAAAGAUAGUUCUCAGUAUCUUUGAUAGAACUAGUUUUACGUACCUAAACGAAGAUAGUACUAAAUCUUUUGCGAGCUCGUUGUAAAAUAAAUAGAAUUUUGAUAUACGCACAUAUGCUAUUGGAGACAAAUAUAUAAUAGUCCUAGCGAAGAGAGAAUGUGCGG